UUUAAUUCUCACCUGGAGCCUCUUGAGGAUUAGGCAGAGAGGAGUCUCUCAAGCCAGAUGAGAGCACAGUCUGCAAGGACUGCUCAAGACUGGUUGCUCUCUAAGGUAAAAGAGUUUACUAAGAAAACCGGAAUACCGUGGAAAUGCCUUACCUGAACUUUCCAGACCAGAUUCCCAUGGACCGUCCGAUGUAAAGGAUUUUACAGCGCCGAACAAGGAAACUGAGGGAUCCAGAAGUUACAGUCUGCACAAUGUCAUCCGGCCGUGAGUCUGUAGGGGAUCUGAUUCCCCCAGAUAUGCUGCAGGUGUUCAGUGAAGACAGGCAAGGCGGCAGGGGCAAACGGGGCAGGAGAAGGGCAGCAUCCAUCAGCCGUGCAUUCAAGUGGUUGAAGAGGCAGCGGAGGAAAACCCGCCGACGUGCUACAGAGAUAGACGGAGGCUUGCUUGCCACUGGAUCACCUGUAGAACUACCACAAUCUGCACUUAUCGCAGGUCCUAAAGAGGAAGUUGUGGGUGCUAUUUCUCUUCAGGAGUUCCAAGACAAUGUGUUUGUGGAGGGUAAUCGGCCUAAAUAUGUGUUGGACCUGCACACAGAGGCCCAGCAGGGCCUCAAAAUGCAGCAGCAAGAGGAUGACAGGAUUGGUGUGGACUACCCUGAUGACCAGAGUAUGAUUUCAACAGUAACAGCUCAUACUGAAGACAGCAUGGCCUUCAGUGAGUUGAGAGGCUUUGAGUCUGAGAGCACAGCUGCUGAUUCUGUUUCGAUGCGCUCCUCCAUCUCUUCACGAUCAACACGCUCCGGACUCAAACGCCAAGCUUCAACGUUUAGACCACUGAAGCCAGAUAAGACUGCAGAGAAGACAAAGUCUCGUAGGAGACACGUGAGAACUGUUGUAGGAAUUCCUCGACAUGUCCAGAGAGAACUGGGGUUGGACAGGGCAGCAUGGAUCACCACCAAUCCUCUUGAUGGCCAGCUGUCCAAUGGAGACAUGAUCAUACCUGCUAUAAUUUCCACUGUGGAUUGCACGUCUUCCAGCUCUGAACAAGAAAGUGUACAAGACCAUCCACAGGGCAUACAGAACCUGUACAGAGUUAAGGAAAACAACACACAGCUCCCCACACUGACAAAACCCAAAGAUGACAUCCUCCAAGGGCUCAUAAACCAUACUGUAGACCAAGAAAAGUCAGGAGCUGGAGCUCUAGGUGUUCCUUGGACAGAGAACCCAACUGGUGCGGUGAUGUCCAUCUCACCUCAGGCCACAUACAUGUCUAAAAUCAUUCCAAAUGCUGUGCUUCCACCAUCUGUGGAUGUUGUGGAGCUCAGUCGCAGCCGAAGUCGCAGCAGUGUCCGAACUGUCAGCAAGAGCAGCCUGGUGUCAGCCAGCCCAGCAUCCACACGUGCUUCAUCCAGGGUCUCUUCACGUUGUUCCACAGCCUGUUCAAACUACUCUGGGUGGACCCACUCGGGAUCAUCAGAAACACUUGUUUCUGAUUCUUCUACUAUCUCCAAUAGUAGCACUCCCCGUGUGGCCAGCAGAGGGAGUCAGGUUGACAACACGGAUAGACCAGCCAAGCUGAGAAACCAUGGUUCCCAUGUUAAAACUACUCAUGUGAAUGGGAACUCUACAGAGGAGGAGGACAGCAAAAAGACAGGACCUGCUGCUGCUUUCACACGAAACCUAUCAGUGAUUAAACGGGGUAAGACUCCUCCAGCUCCUCCCAGCAGGUCAUACUCUUUACACAAUGGAAAACAGACCUGGAAGAAAUCUGAGAAUCCUACCUACUUGCGUGAUGUCAGCACCCCAGAUGGAUCACCAUACCCUGCUGUCAUUUCUGUAUCUAAAAUGAAGGCCACCACCUCCAAUGGACUCACAACUGACCCAUCAAAGGAGAGCCAGCCAGUGAGCACAGACAAGAAAACACUGUUAGCUGAGCUAAAGAUGCACAGAAAUAACCUUCAAGUGUCUUCCAUUGAUCCACCCCAACCAUACACAAAUGGCAUCAGUAAACUUGCUGAAAUUAAGAACAGCCUUCUGUCUGCAAAAAGUCUACUUAAUGGUAAGAAUGCGUCCCCAGCUGUAAUGGCUCUCUGGUCUCUGUUUGAGAUUCCCACUCAUCCCAAUGUACUGGCUCCGCCAGCUCCUCCUCCCGAGACCUGGGCUCACAACCAGCAGACCUUUGAACUGCUGUGUGGGCCCGGACCUGUUAACUACGCACGCUGGGCCAAAAAGAGAGGUCUCAAAAUUGCAGAUGAACCAGAUGCAGCCUUGGCUAAUGUUGACAAAGUAAACACAACAUCUCUGUUGCAGCCAGUAGAGGUAAAAUGCGAAGUUAAAUCCAUAGCACCACUUCCCUGCGUCGUACCAUCUCCAUCACCUCCCCCAGAGCAUUGCCCACCAUUACCAAACACUAGCCAAGCCAAACCUCCUCCGCCCCCUCCAGACUUUGUUCCUUCAACUCCUACACUAGCUGCAAAAGCAAUAAAGGACUUGACUUCCUGGAUUCCUCCACCUCCUCUGUUUCCUCCUCCGGCACCUCCAGUAGGUACGGCUUCAGCAAAUCCCGUCGCUGUGCAAAAUGAUACUGACCUCCUUCCACCGGCCCCGCCCUUUUCGCCACUGCCUUUACUGACAAUGCCUCAGUUACCACCAGAUAUUCCACCACCACCACUGCAGGAAGUUCCACCACCACCAAGACCACCUUCUGAAGCACAGAAAAUCCCAUCCCCUCCGCAAGAAUCCCAACCUUUGGCACCUUCAAUAGGUACAACUCUUGUCGCUAUGCAACAUUAUACCGACAUCCUUCCACCACCCCCACCCUUUUCGACACCGCCGUUACUGACAAUGCCUCAAUUACCACCUGAUAUUCCACCGCCACCACUUCAGGAAGUUCCACUUCCACCAAGACCACCUUCUGAACUACAGAAAGUCCCAUCCCCUCCGCAAGAAUCCCAACCUUCAACACGCAAUGUGUUAGUAACAUUACCUAAAACUUCUCAACAAAUCAACGUUCCUCCUCCUCCCCCACUACCCACUGAUGUAAGAGCUCAACAAGUCAGUGUGCCUCCACCUCCUCCACUACCUACUGAUGUAAGAUCUCAACAAGUCAGUGUUCCUCUUCCUCCUCCACUACCUAGUAAUGUAAAAAUGCAGGACAGACCAGAGACAACAGAAACAGAGAAACGGACAAGCAGUCCCUCUCCGGCCAAGGAGGAGACCUCUGGUCCUGUGGUCACCCAGUCUAUCCUACAGAUGGUUCGUCUCAGGUCUGUUAAGUCCAAUCAGAGCCAUGCUGUAGAUCCUGAUAAACCAUCACAACCCAAACUAAAAUCAAUUGUCAAUCAAGAGGCACCUCCAAAGCCAGUCAGACGAUCUCUGAUUAUGACAUCACUGCCCCCUGAUUUGGAAGCCCUUUCCAACACCGAGCCAAAAACUGAAGCUCCGUCCCUUAACACAGAUACAACCACUGUAUCAAAUACUCAGCAAGGAUCACCUGAACCAGAAACUCAGUCAAAUAUCAUUGCUCAAAAAACAGAAAACACAACACCUGAGCCAACAUGCUCACCAGCUACAUCUCCACCUACUGAACCAAGUAACAAUCCAGCUCCUGCUGAACCAGCAACUAAACAACCCAGUGCCGAAACAGAACUCAAACCCCAAACCCUCAAGGAACAAAUUCAACCUACAGUGCCUGACCCAGCAUCCCUACCGAGCACAACGGAACCAAAGGACCAAUCAAUCAGUGAGCCAAAGACUCAACAUCAUGCACAAGAACCCAACAAGACCCUGCAAAAUUCAGAGAAGCAAUCAAUCACAGUUGAAAUACACUCAAAGCCAAAGCAACCAAAAACCCAAACACCAAUGCCCAUUGUCUCUUCUACACCUCCCGUGGUCUCUUCGCCAGCUAGCACCUCCAUGCGUCUCCAAGAUGCCAUUCGCUUAAAGGCUGCCACUAUGUCUUCAAAAGACAACCAAGCCAAGCGGUUUGGUCUGCGCUCUCCUCCCCCAGCCACGGCUAGUGGCACCACUGUACCAAACUCCCCUGCAUCUAUGGCCAGCUUUGUCUUCUCCAAAAGCCCAAAGAAAGUUGUAAUAGAGACACCGUCAUCAUUAGAGGUUCAGGCUGACCUGAGGAAAACUCUGGUGGCAGAGUUAGCAUCCGUCUCCGAUUCGGCCAACUCGCACAAGACGGCUAACAAAGUUCCUCCACCUGUUGCUAAGAAACCCAACGCUAAGGUUGAGAGCGUUGCUCAGAACUCUGCAGAGGCCGAAUCUGUAGCCAAGACAGAGCAUGUGCAAACAGAGACUGUACAAACUGCCGGACAGGACGUACAGACAGAGAACUCUGAGAAAACAAAUGAAUGAAUAUGUGCACAAAUGAUUUAUUAACCCUUGCUUUUAUUUUGCAGAUAAACUAGGCUUUAUAUACUAGGCCCAAACUGCUUAAGCAAUUUUGAAACAUAAAAUACCAAAAAAGUCUUUAUGUACAGAUAAGGCAUAUUGCACUUUUUGUACACUGGUUUAGUGUAACUGAUUCUCAUUCAUCGUGGGAAUGCAUGUCACUGGUAUUUGGAAAUUAUAAAUAUUCUUAUUUUAUUUAUGUGUCCUCAGUCUUAGACAGAAGCCAUGCUAACUUUCAGUUUGUUGAACUCCUCCCUGCUGGUAGCACUGUAAAAACUGUGGUAACAAAGCAGGACCAAUUAAUCUCUAUAGUGGAUUUUUACAGGCAAUAAAAUGUAUGCCUGAAUAUAAGAGCAGUGCGAGAGGGAAUGAAGGUAAAGAAUGUAAGUAAAAAGAAUGUCAAAAAAGGGAGGAAGAACAGUUGGGAGAAUAGACCACUGAAUUUGGGGUGGGGGUUGUGACUAUUCUGUUUUCCAUUUGCAGUGUGUAGCUAAACCUAUUUUUACUUUUAAAUCACCCAUUCAAUAAAGGUGAUUGUAAACAUUCCUCACCCCAAGUAUCCAUAUAUAGGAAUGUGGAGAAGGAAUGAGCAAGUGUAAACGAAACAGAAGGAUGAGCCGAUGAAUGAAACAAAAGCUGUUUCUUACCAUUGUGAGUGUGCAAGUAGGGCCAAGAAGGUGGUGAGAAGGCAUGAAACCGCAUAAGCAAGAGAUCUAAGGUGUUAAUCUCUGUGUAAUCAGUACUUUUUGGUUUGUUUGUAUUUUCACAGAGAAGUUAAUUAGUUUACAUAGUUUACUGUCUGCUACAGUCUACAAAUAAAAGAAAAGGAAUGUUAUUAAUAUAUGAAA